CCCGCGCCACUGGUUCAUGUGCGGUAUAGUGGUACGGUGGUGACGACGAUGAUGAUGAUGAUGACGAGUAGCGGUUUUACGUUGGUAUCUUCUUCAUGGCUUACCGCAGAAAUAGUUUGAAAUUGCUGAGGCCAGUGAACGGUUUAGGAGUUUUCUAGUAAGAAAUUGACGUGCGGUUUACCCCAAAUUUGUAAAAUUUCUAAACCUCUUUAAACUUAUAAGCUUGGAGGAUAUGGUUCGAGUGCGACUGGUACACGCAGGAAAACAUAGUAGUGAAAAAUAUUUUUACGAAUUGGAGUGAAAUUUGGUGAUCAUUAGUGAUCUUUUUAAUUGUUAGUCAGUUUUGUAUAGAUUUUGUGAAAGUUCAUUCGAUUUAACUGAAUUGGAAUAAAAAUAUAAUAAUUUGGUGUUUGGAUUACGGCGGAUUACUGAAUAUUUGCAUACCUUUGGAAGACGUUCAGUGAAAGUAUUCCUUAGCGUUACGCGAUGCUUAUGGAAACUAUUCAAAUAACUAUGUGAUUAGUAACCUGUGAGGUAAAUAGAACCGCAGAAGUCGAAGGUAUCAGAACGCCGUCAACUUAAAGAAAAUUAUGCAUAUUGCCAGUGAAGUGAGUUCAACUACCAAUCAAGUACCUCACGAAGGUACUGCAAGUUCCACCAAUAGUAGUGCUAAUAAUAACAACACCAACGGCGGUGAUAGUGUUCCCUAUUUGACUGCCGAGAAUUUAGCAGAAAGGACUAUCGAUAGUUUAUUAGCAGACCAUCCUGGCGAGUUAGUUCGAACUGGAUCACCACAUGUUGUCUGUACAGUUUUACCGGGGCAUUGGCGUUCGAAUAAAACGCUCCCUGUGGCCUUCAAAGUUGUUGCUUUAGGCGAAGUGAUGGAUGGAACGAUUGUUACAAUAAUGGCAGGCAACGACGAAAACUAUUGUGGAGAACUUAGAAACUGUACAGCCGUGAUGAAGAAUCAAGUAGCCAAAUUUAAUGAUUUGAGAUUUGUAGGAAGAAGUGGACGAGGGAAGAGUUUUACAUUGACAAUAAUAAUUUCAACAACUCCUCUCCAAGUAGCAACAUAUAGUAAAGCAAUUAAAGUGACGGUGGACGGACCUCGAGAGCCAAGAUCGAAAAUUAGACACCAAGGGUUUCAUCCUUUUGCGUUUGGUCCCCAGCGGUUUGGGCCGGACCCUUUGAUGGGUGGAUUGCCGUUCAAGCUGCCAGGAUUCGCACAUCAUCUAGCUGGAAUGCAUGGUCACAUACAUGCUCCAGAUUGGCGAGCUUUAGGAGCUAAUCCUGGAAUUGGCCGACCGGCGGGUGGUUUCCCACAUGGAGCUCAAUUCUUUCAUCAUCAACACGCACCGUUUCCACCACAUAUGUUGGCCACGACCCUUGACCGUCCUGGCCUGAGGUCUAUUAGUGAAAACCAUCACCUGUCGCAAUUAAGUCAAUUAUCCCUGUGCAAUCCACACAGUACUACUAGCCCUAAGGAAUCGCCACUUGCUAGUAGCUUAUCACGUGCAACGCCUCCGCAUAGUGUAGAGAAUGAUAACAACAAUAAUAUUGAUGCGGGUUUCGAAAGUGAUAACAUAUCAGUGACAGGUUCCCCGAGAAAAUCGAGUUCAUUACAUGAUGACGAGGACAAACGUAGCCCCUCGCCGCCAACAGGAGCCUUCACUUCCCUAAUUCAACGAAACAAUGCAUUGAGAAAGGGUGAUUUGUUUUCAGGAUUCGCUUCGCAAUUCCAACAGCCACAUGUAUUCAACCACGCCUUGGCAGCGCAGCUUUUCUUGCAAAAUCCGCUAAUACCACAGCCCAGUCAAUGGCUGUACACGCAGCUAUACGGAAACUAUCACGACUUUCCCUGGUUUCGAAAUUCAUCUACGAGCAAUAACAUACAACAGGCUCCAUUGAAUCCCGAGCAAAACAAUAAUGAAACGUCAGGAGUGAAUCUAGUUAAAAGAAGCGUAACUCUUAUAUCACACAGUGAAAAAGAUAAUGAGAGUGAAAAUCAGAACUCCCCGCCGGUAACGUCCACCCGUAGGUCACCGUCUCCCGAGGAAAAUGAGGAAAAAGUUUGCGGGAAGGCCGGUAGCUUAGGGGCGAUAAGAAGUAGAACACCAAAGCAUACAGACGUUUGGAGACCAUAUUAAUAGAGCCAUAUCGAUCCAUAGAGUUUAAGUUUAAUGUUCUUCACAUAUCGAAUUUAACAAAAGAAGCCGGCGUAGAUGUGAAUUAAAUUUUGGGUUAAGUGGAAUUCACAAGUUGAAAUAGAUUUGUAAAAUAUUGUGGAUGUCGAAGGAGUUUAAUUUACCGAUAAGCGCUCAUUUGUAUAUUAUGUAUAUAACGUUU